CUCGUCCGACCUCCGAGCAAACGACAACAACGACGCCGCCGACGACGAUACAGCAUCUGCAUUGGCCUCCUGUUGUUAGCCUUAGCAGCAGCGGUCAUGCAGUCCAUGCCAUUGCUGCUCAGGCAGUCAAUCCGGUCCAGCGUCCACGGUUUGACCCGUACGACCACCUCCCGCCCGGUGCGAAGACCGCUGCUACUACUGCUGCCCGCCGGUGUCCCGCAGGCUCUUUAUUAUGGCCGAGAGACAACCCCCCGGAGCUUCUCGACCUGCCUGCGAUGUCGAUUCCGGACACAAACCUCACUGUACUCGUCGAAUGAACCGGAGAAGAAGCAAGAUGUGAUUAUCCUGGGAGCCCCUCCCCCCCAAGACACCCCGGCACCGGCACCGUCACCGCCGCCGUCAGCUAUCCCUGAACAGAACCCACAUGUUGAGUCGGAUGCGGGGAGAGACAGUCCCGCCGCCGCCGCGGCUGCUGCUCCUGCGGAGGAACAGACGUCAACGACAGCCGUGCCUGAAGCAGCGGAGCGGGAAGGAAAGAAAGAAGAAGAUGCUGGCGCCGACGCCGCGGGAUCUGGAUCGCAGCCCGGGGGUCUUCCGUCCUACUUAGAGAACCGACGGUCGCAAUUCGCCAAACAAUUCAGCGUCGUGAUGGACAACCUCCAAUCGAACAUCUUCGUGGCUGGGCAGCGACUGAACGACCUGACGGGCUACUCCGCGAUUGAGGCAUUGAAGAAGGACAUCCAAUUCCAAGAGGAACGACUUCGCGCCGCCCGCCUGCAAGUCCGCACCGCCAAGGACGCCUACGCCGCCGCGAUCAACAACCGAUCGACCUCGCAGCGCGAGGUCAACGAGCUCCUGCAGCGCAAGCACGCGUGGUCUACCGCCGACCUGGAGCGGUUCACGCAUCUCUACCGCAACGACCACACCAACGAAGUGGCCGAGAACGAGGCGCAGCAGGCGCUGACCGCGGCCGAGCACGAGGCCGAAGAGGCCGCCGCCCAGCUGAACAAGAGCAUCCUGUCGCGCUACCACGAGGAGCAGGUCUGGUCGGACAAGAUCCGCCGGAUGAGCACCUGGGGCACCUGGGGCCUGAUGGGGGUCAACGUGCUCCUGUUCCUGAUCUUCCAGAUCGCCGUGGAGCCCUGGCGCCGCAAGCGGCUGGUCAAGGGCUUCGAGGAGAAGGUCAUCGAGGCCAUCGAGAAGGAAAAGACCCUGAACCAGGCGCAGAUUCUGAAUCUACAGACCGAGUUCUCCCAGCAGAUGGCCUCGGCCUCGGCUAACAGGGCGGAAGCUGAGUCUGCUGCUGCUGCUGCUGCUGCCGCCGCCGCCGCCGAACCCACCGCAACCCCAGCAGUCGCCUCGUCAGAGGAGGCCGCCACCGCCAUUGCAGCCAGCGAAGCUAUCCCGAACGAGCAAGAGACCCCCGUCCCGGCGUCCGCUCCGGUAACGCCCGAGACCGAAACCCAGGCCGAAACAACAACCGCCUCAGCAAUCCCCGCUUCAAACAACAAACUACAAAACGUCCUCCAGACCUGCAAGAUCCACUACUCUCGCAUCCCUCCUUACGCCACCCUCCUCGCAUCCUCGCGUCGCUAUCUCCGAGACCUCUUCAGUGAUCGCCAGAUCACCAUGACCCAGCGGGAUCACUCGAUCCUUGCCAUCCAGAGCGCUGCCGCUGGUGCCGCUGUCAUCGGGCUGCUAGCGUUUUUCAUUCGUCCACAGUGAGAAAACCGGUGCAACUGUGCUGAAAUGGACGUUCUUCCUCGUGUAUCUUCAUGUCAUAAGCAUUGAUUUUCUGUUUUCCUGGGCGGGAACAGGAAACGUCCCUGUAUGUAUUUGUAUAAAGGCCCCCCAACACAUAAAUAAAGCGAUGACCAUCUUUUCUGUAUCAACAACGAAUUGAAAUAUCGCGGAGGUGGGGGAAUAUAGGGUUUAGUGAA